GGCCGGCCAAGGCGAUGGGGCAGGUGCUCGGCUUCGCCCACUGCAAAGAGUCUCCUUCGACUGCCUCCACUACACCUGAUUCUACAGAGGGUGGCAAUGAUGAAUCCGACUUUCCCGAGUUGCAGACAGCGCGGGAGUUCUCGGAGGAUGAGGAAGAGGCCUCCGUGGAAUGGGGAACGCCGCGGGAGCUGACUUUUUCCUACAUCACGAUUGCGGGGGGCCCCAGCAGCAGCCCCACGGCGGGGGAGAACGCCUCUCGGGGCAGGCGUGAUUCCCAGACCCGCCGGGCACAGGCUGCCCUGCCCCGCACAGAAACCUGCGAGACUUUUGUACCGGCUCUGGGGGACAGUUUGGAGAACAUUCCCAGCCUCUGCCCGUCCCCUGAAGGAGAGGGGGCAUCCCCUCCAGGGCACUGCCAGGGACUGGACCCUUUCUCAGGCUGGUACAUCGAUACGAGCUAUGGCAACGAAGCAGCGACAGGAGGAGGUGGGGUGGAUUUAUCCCCACAGCACAGCUUCACGACAGAGGCGGUGGAGCAGGAACCAGGCAGCCCGUCGUCUUCAGAUACCUCCCCAGAGGAGCCUCCACCACCAGACGCCUUAACGCCCCCGCCUGCUGAAGACACCUCCUUGGGAGCUUCCACCGUGCAGCGCCAAACAGGGACCUCAUUGGAGUUCUGCCAACAUCUACUGCUGGAUGAAGAGAUGGAGGGGGAAGAGGAGGGGGAAGAGGAGGAGGUGGAGGCAGGCCAGGACACAGUCGCGGAAGAGCACCUGGCUGAACCAGACCAAUCAGAGAAGUCUCUGGAAAUCGUGGCGGACUUGGUGUACUGGCGGGACACCCGCAAAUCGACGUUUGUCUUCACCAGCCUGAUGCUGGCGCUACUGUGCCUGUUGCACUUCAGCAUCGUCAGCGUGGUCUCCUACAUCUCCCUGGCGGUCCUGGCGAUCACCAUCUCUCUCAGGGUUUACAGCAAAGUGCUGCACGCCAUCCAUCGGGGAGAGGGCAUCAACCCCUUCCAGGCUCAGCUGGACGCUGACCUGGGGCUGUCGAAAGAGCAGCUGGAACGCCUGACAGAGCGGGUCAUCUUCUACGCAACCUCGGCCACUCGGUCCAUACAGCGCCUUUUCCUGGUGGACGACUUGGUGGAGUCCAUUAAGUUUGCUUUCUUGUUCUACAUCCUCACAUACGUGGGAGCCGUGUUCAACGGGAUGACUUUGCUUAUUCUGGGAGUGAUAAGUGCGUUUACCUUCCCUCUGCUGUACAGGCAACAUCAGGCACAAAUUGACCAGUACGUAGGGCUGGUGAGGAACCAGUUGAGUAACCUCAGAGCAAAGAUGUUGGCCAAGCUCCCGACAGCCAAAGCAAAAGCAGAAUGAAUGGCACCCUCCUCUCUGUCUCCCCCCCCACGUACGCACUCUUUACUCUCAG